AUGGUAAAUGGAAAGAUGUUUCCGAAAGUGUUCUUCACUCUUUCUGAAAACGAUGAGGACGUUGCCUGUUUCUCCGUCACGCCUGCCAUCAUGGUGUUGUCUGUGGGUGAUCUUCUAUUUGCCACAAUUUUAGUAGAGAUGUCGGACAGUUCCGUCAUCUCUUCUCGGUCCAAUGUCCCGGUGGAACUCUCAGAAGAUUUAGCUGCUGUAAUUGGGGCAUCAGCAAUGCCCAGAACCCAAGUUGUGAAAAAAUUGUGGGCUAUAUUCAAGGAAAGAGGAAUUCAGGACCCAAAAGACAGGCGAUACAUUAAUCUGGCCGAUCAAGAUGAUCUCAAAAAGAUAUUUCAAAACGUUGAAAACGACCGAUUGUAUGGGUUCGGUUUGCUGAAACAUCUGAAGGAGCAUAUGAAGACUAUACUUGUGACAACAAGCAAAUUUGAGUUCAUAAUUUCAGACAGAGCCAAAAUGGUCAAAGCUAAAGUUGAAACCACCGAACCCAAAGUAGUAAGCAAGAGGGGAGCAGGCUUGACCGCUGAUGUGAAACUCUCAGCCGAUUUGGCAGCUGUCAUCGGGGCAUCAACAAUGCCCAGAACUCAGGUUGUGAAGAAAAUGUGGGCCAUUUUCAAGGCGAGAGGGAUCCAGGAUCCGAAAGACAAGAGAUACAUAAAACUCGCAAAUCAGGAUGACCUCAAAAAGAUAUUUCCGAAUGUUGAAAAUGAGCGUCUCUACGGAUUUGGCCUGCUGAAACAUCUCAAAAGCCACAUGAAGACUAUGUAG